CGCAUUGGGUGCUGGGAAAACCACUUGGAGGAAGUGAUAAAGAGACAGAAGACAAAAACCUGUUCAAUUCGCGUUUUUUUUUAAUCCAGCAUUUUAAGUAUUUAGUAGGUGUUUGGGCGUGUGUUGAUGGGUAAGGUGCGUGCGGGCGCGGGGCCCUUUGCUCGAAGGCCUGACAACUCUGCGUUUAAACAGCAGAGGCUGCCAGCCUGGUCUCCCUCCCUCACUCCACACACCGUGCUGCCCGUCUUCUACUUCCUCGCACUCGUGUGCGUGCUACUGGGUGUUUGGCUGCUCAUCACUGUCCAGAACACACACCAGCUGAAGAUUGACUACACAGAUGCUGGAGCAUGUGCCACUUGCUCUGAGAUGCGCAACGAUCCCACCAAAGCCAAAAUGAAUUGUGACUGUGUAAUCAACUUCAAUGUCCCAAAGACCUUCCAGGGGGAUGUGUUCGUCUACUAUGGCCUGAUAAAUUUCCACCAGAACCUGCGCAGGUACAUGAACUCCCGCGACGAUGCCCAGCUGGUUGGGAGAAAGAACAGCCUAAAGUCCCCCAGUUCAUACUGUGAGCCGUUUGCUUAUGAUGAAAAUGCAGUGCCUAUCGCUCCCUGUGGUGCCGUGGCUAACAGCAUGUUCAAUGAUUCUUUCACACUAAUGUACCAUCCACCUGCUGAUGAUGCCGUCGUCGUUCCACUGUACAGGAAGGGAAUCACCUGGUACACGGACAAAAAUGUAAAGUUCCGCAACCCCUCGACAAACACGACACUCCAGCAGGCCUUCCAAGGUACUGCACAGCCAUUAUUCUGGCACCAGCCGGUAUAUGAGCUGGACCUUGCUGACCCUAACAACAAUGGUUUCAUAAAUGAUGAUUUAAUUGUGUGGAUGAGAGAGGCAGCCUUCCCCAACUUCAAAAAGCUCUAUGGCAUUCUGAACCGUGCUCACACCUCCUUCUCAUAUGGCCUGCCCGAGGGAAACUACAGCAUUGCCAUCAGCUAUAAUUUCCCUGUUCAAUAUUUUCAGGGCAGAAAGGAAGUGGUGCUUUCUACUGUGAGUUGGUUUGGUGGACAGAACCACUUCCUGCCCAUUGCGUACCUGGUGAGUGGAGGGCUGAUCUUUAUAGCAGCCAUCGUUCUCACCGUGGUCUUUGUAAAGGUGGGCCGCAGUGGUAAGAACAUGGAGGAGUGAAAGAAUGGACGAAUAAGAUAAGGAGUUUUAAAAAGGACCAUACGAACAUGGAGAGGUGCGAAGAAGAUUAAGGACAAAUAUGCAGUACAUCAUCUUAGCACUAAGCUGAUUAAUUUAAAGUUAGAACAGAAUUUUAUUGUUGCUCACUACGUUAAAUGGAAAUUCCACAGAUUAAAAAUAUCUGCAUAAUUCAGUCACUGAGAUGUGAAUGAAGUCAUUCAGAGUGGUUUGAAGUGAAAUGGUUCAUUGUAGAGAGUCACUGAGUCAGAUUUUCUUUACAAUGAGAGGACCCAUAGGUUCUAAUAUCUGCAGUACAUAAAUAGCUUUUUUAUUUACUAUCUAAAAUGACUAGUGAACCUACAGGUGCAUUUUAUAUAUAGAAUGUUAAUAAUGGUAAUAAAAAAAAAGUAAAUCUGGAAGGGGGUGUUCUUCUUUGGAAACUAUUUUGUUUUACGUAAUCCUGUAUGUACUACUCUGGCUUUUACAAAAUAUGCCAAACCUUGUUAAUCCCACCGUGCUGGAAUAUAGAACUUGCCAAACAGCUUCUUAAUGUGAUGGGCUAUGAAAAGUAGGGUAGGCGAUUUGACUAUGUUAAUUGUAUUAUGAUGAAUUACAAUUUCCUGAACAAAUUAGUGAUCAUCAGUAUUUUUAGAACACUGACCAAUUACAUGCUCCAUGAUGAAUUAGACCACUUGCAGAUAGCAGUGGUGUUGCAUUGCUAACUAAGCUAAUAGAGUAGUAUUGUUAUAUGAAUGGUGUAUCAAGAAGUCUUCAAGUAAUAUAAUUUCUUUUUUUUGCAACAUUGCCCACCAGGUAAGAGCAUGUGGAGCAAAUUCACAGAUUUAUAAUUGUCCUAGAUCAUCCAUUUAAGAAGAUCACAGUAAAAACCUAUCACCAUUGCUUGUAAUUCCCACUUUUAUCCAGCAGAGAGCAGCUGAAACAUAAGGCAUAAGAGACUAAAAUCACAGAGCACGCUAUGAAAUGUACUACAUUUUUGUUAAACUUUUGUAAGAUGCAUAUAAUUUUGUGUCAUUAUACUUCAGUUGGAUCUUGGAAUUUAUCUUGGAAUUUAGCAAAACGCUAAAUACUGGUAGCCUACUUUAAUUAAGAGGGUGAUCGGAACCACCUGUGUGUACAAGUGUGUUUUUCUGCUUGGGGCUACUGUGUCUAUAAGGUGGGAUUUCUUUAUUCUUGCUUUUCAAUAAGCGUAAUAGUCUCCUUAUGUCAAGAUUGUACAUAAUGUAUGCUGGGAAGACAAGUAAAUUAUAUUUUUUAUUAAAACUUUAA